AUGUCAUCGAUCAACGGCGGAGAUCAGCAACAGCAGCCAGCAAUCACCAUGCGGCGUGGCGGCCUGGUGACGUCACUCAACCCCACGCCCCAACACAAGCGGGCCAAGCUGAAGGAGAACCAGAUGGAUCUCCAGAUCUCGAGCGUGGGGCCAACGCCCAACGCCCUGAAGCGGAAGCUCCCGCUCGGGAACUACAUGUCGGACAACAUCAUGUCGCUGGCGACGGUGACGCCACGCUCCCGGAAAGAGUCCCUGACGGCCGGCCCCGGACGGAAGCGGUCCAGCGGCGGUGACCUCGUGGUGUCCGCGGUCGAGCGACGCAACGCCCGCGAGCGGAACCGGGUGCAGCAGGUCAACAACGGGUUUGCGGCACUCCGCGAGCGCAUCCCGGACGAGAUAGCGGCGGCGUUUGAGGUGACAACGCCGGCGACCCCGGCGACCCCGACGACGCCGGCGGCCCGCGGGAUCCACAAGAAGCUCAGCAAGGUCGAAACGCUCCGGAUGGCGGUCGAGUACAUCAAGUGUCUGGAGCGCGUCCUGGCGGUCACCGCACGGACGUCCCAGCCGACGGGCGACUACGAGCGGGAGCAGCACGACGGCCUGGAGCUGCCCGCGACUCCACCACCGGAACCGUCGAUUCACGUGGCCGGUCCACUGCCACCGGCCAGCUUCUUCCUUGCCAUCAAACCUCGUGCCAUUCCGGGUGGGCCCAACGAUGCAGCACCCGGGGGUGCGGGGGCCGCUGGUGCGGGUGGUCGUCAGCUGGUGACGGCCCCGCGCUUCGAUCACACGCAGAUCACCAUCAUCAACGGGCACCAGUACAUCCGCAUCCCGGGCACCAACACGUUCCAGUUCCUGGACCCCGAGAGCCUCUACGGGGAGGAUGUGCUAGCGGAGGCCGGAACCGGAGCCGGGGACUACAGCGAAGGGGAGGAGGAGGAGGAGGACGAUGGGUCGUGUUCGAGCAACGUCGGGGAUCUGCUGAGUGAGUCGGCCAUCGUGGCCCUGUCGCCCCAGAGUAACUUCACGCUCGAGCCGGACGGUGACUCGAAGCGGGACCUGGACCUUCCCAUGGGCAGUCAGGGGGGCAUCCUGCAAUUCCUCGAUUUGCAUUCGCCUUGCGGUACGAUGUAA